AUGGCCCGGCUCCUCCGGGCGUCCUGCCUUCUCUCCCUGCUCCUGGCGGGCUUCGUCUCGCCGAGCCUGGGACAACAGCAGUCGAAGAUGGACUGCCAUACCAGCGUGAGUGGCACCAUUUUCGAGUAUGGAGCCCUCACCAUCGAUGGGGAGGAGUACAUCCCUUUCAAGCAUUACGCUGGCAAGUACAUCCUCUUUGUCAACGUGGCCAGCUACUGAGGCCUGACAGGCCAAUACAUUGAACUGAAUGCACUACAGGAAGAGCUUGCACCAUUUGGUUUGGUCAUUCUGGGCUUCCCCUGCAACCAAUUUGGAAAACAAGAACCAGGAGAGAACUCGGAGAUCCUACCUACCCUCAGGUGAGUGCUCACUCAGUGUCCUGAGCAAGCUCCUCCAGCUCAGCCUGUCUUGGGUCUACCCCUGUUCAUGAUGGACCUUUAUCUGCCAUCA